AUCAUCAUCAUCAACUGAGCCAUCCGGACGAGAACUGACGGUUGGAGGAGGUGAAGAUGACAGCUCUUAUUCCUGUGCUGCUUCUGCUUACUGGUCUCUCUGUGUCAUUCACUCUGAAAGUGGUGUCCAAGAGAGGUUCAGUGGAUGGCUGUACGGACUGGUCUGUGGACUAUCUGAAGUACCGCGUGCUGCACGGUGAGCCGGUGAGAAUUAAGUGCGCUCUGUUUUACGGCUACAUCCGUGCGAAUUAUUCUCAGGCUCAGAGUGGUGGGCUGAGUCUCAUGUGGUACAGAAGCUCAGGGCUGGGUCAUGGAGACUUUGAGGAGCCAAUCACAUUCGACGGCUUGCGCAUGAGCAAAGAGGAGGAUGCCAUCUGGUUCAGACCUGCGGAGCUACAGGACGCUGGCCUAUACUCCUGUGUACUCAGGAACUCAACGUUCUGUAUGAAAGUGUCCAUGACUCUGCUGGUGGCUGAUAAUGACACGGCAGCCUGUUAUAACACCAAACUGCGCUAUUCAGAGAAGGCCGAACUGGGCAAGAGCAAAGACAUCACCUGCCCUGAUAUCCAGGACUACAUCCAGUCUGGCCAGACGCCACAUAUAACGUGGUACAAGGAGUGUGGUGUGUGGCAGUGGAGAGAAAGUAUAUUGCAGUCUGCGGACACUUUGUCCAUCCAGGAAGUGACGGAGGAUGACAUUGGGAACUACACUUGUGAGCUGCCUUUUGGAGGAUUCGUGGUGCGAAGGACCACCUACCUGAGUGUUACAGCUCCUCUGACUGAAGAGCCUCCAAAGAUCCUGUUCCCUUCUGAAAACAAACUCCUCACCUUGGACCUGCAGAUAGGAUCGGCAGUGAACCUGACAUGCCGUGCAUUCUUUGGCUACAGUGGCGAUGUCAGCCCGCUAGUCUACUGGAUGAAGGGGGAUAAGUUCAUCGAGGACAUGGACCAGAGCCGCAUCCGAGAGAGCGACAUCAGGACCAUCCGAGAGCACCUGGGAGAGCAGGAAAUGUCCAUCACUUUGACGAUAGACUCAUUAGAAGAGGGAGACCUGGGUAAUUACUCUUGUUAUGCCGAGAAUGGGAAUGGACGGCGACAAGCCAGCAUCCAGAUCAGCAAACGAGUUGAGCUGAUGUACACAGUGGAGCUGGCUGGGGGACUGGGAGCUAUCUUGCUGCUGCUGGUUCUGCUGCUGUGUAUGUAUAAAUGCUACAGGAUUGAGCUCCUGCUCUGCUACAGGCAUCAUUUUGGAGGAGAGGAUACUGAUGGAGAUCAUAAGGAAUAUGAUGCAUACCUGUCCUACAGUAAAGUGGAGUUGGAUCAGUGGGGGCAGGAGCUUCAGGAUGAGGAACGUUUCGCUCUUGAGAUCCUUCCUGAUGUUCUGGAGAAACACUAUGGCUACAAACUCUUCAUUCCAGACAGGGACCUGAUCCCUACCAGCAGUCUCAGCAGUGAGCAUUACCAGGAUGACACACAGCUUCUUAGAGCGUAUAUCGAAGAUGUGGCACGCUGUGUGGAGAUGAGCAAGCGGCUGAUCAUCGUGCUGACUCCAGGCUACGUGUUGCGGCGUGGCUGGAGCAUCUUUGAGAUGGAGUCACGGCUCCGCGGCUCUCUAGCGUCCGGCGAGGUCAAGGUCAUCCUGAUUGAGUGUGCUGAGCUGCGUGGCCUCAUCAACUAUCAGGAGGUGGAAGAGCUGAAGCAGUCCAUCAAGGCAUUGACGGUGGUGCGCUGGGGCGGCCCGCCUAGCAACAAACCUGGUUCCCGCUUCUGGAAGCGCCUGCGCUAUGCCAUGCCCUGCCGCCGGCCACCGUUGCGCCGCACGCUAGCUAACCCCGCAGCAGAUGGAGGUGAACCAGGGCCCUUCGCCGACCUACAGGCCGUCUCUGCUGUAUCCGUGGCGACAGCGGCCGUAGCUCCGGCCCGUCCUGAGCUGCGAACGGCCCUGCGCAGCUCCUACCGCUCACACUCACUAGCACGCCAGAAGCACGCACACUUCCGCAGUUACGACUAUGAGCUACCGCUUGCGGCUGGAGCCACGCUGCCUCCACCAUCGCAGCAGCACACCUACUGCAACCUGCCACUCACGCUGCUCAACGGCCAGCGACCCACAGCUGCCGGCCCCAAGGGCCUGCGCCAGCACAGCCUGGACGAGCCACAUGCAAACAACAAUGCCAUGCUGCCGCUGCUGCCGCGAGAAACCAGCAUCUCCAGUGUCAUCUGGUGACCAAACUGCAGCUUGGCUCCUGGCUAAAGAGGUUAAGCCAAACUUCAUAAAGCCCAUAUAGGCGAUUAGAGGCUGUGCUGGGCUGAGUGUACAGGCUGGGGUCACUCUGCGUCCAGUUUUUAGUCCUGCUGGGCCUGCUAAUCUCUUACUGAAUCCACUUUUGAAAUGAAAUGAACUUAAGCAGUGAGGGAUUAAUCAUAUAGUGCCAUAUCAACUUUAUCGGGGACAAACUAAGAUGCACGCAGCCAAACCAUGUGAACGGAACCAGGGUCUUGUGCAGACGUCUACUGCUUUUUCUUGUAGCAUUGCCCCCACCCUGUCUCUAUGUUCCGUUUCAUCAUGCUGCCUUUUGUUUUUGUUUUGUUAAAAAGAUUUGUUGUCUUUUGUCUAAUUACCUUUUUUUAUUGUAAUACUCAACUUUCAGUUGAUUUGACAUACAAUGCUUUCCUUUCAAAUCAGUCUGGACCAUUUUUGAUUCAGGCUUGGCCAAAUCAGAUGUUGCUCUUUUGAUUUCAAGUUGCUCUAUACAUGUUGAUCUAAGCGUCGAUUUCUGUUGGCUUCUGUAGGUUGUGUAUUUAUGGUUUCAAUUGGACAAUUUGACAGUUUGUACGAGGGAAAAAAAAUCACAGUAUAUGCAAACAGUGUGGAGGCCUCGGAGGGCCACUGUAGGAGGAUGAGGAGUGGUGCUAUCCUGUUGUAGCAGGCUAACUCCUGCUUGGCAUUUUAUAAGGAGGGAAAUCGGAGGAGUGGAGCCCAUCCUCAAAUAAUAAAGGGUAUUUUAAGAAACAAAAAAAAUCUAUUUUUAUAAGCAAAGAGCUGUUUCUCUCUGAUAUCACAGCAUCACCAGGACAGCUGAGUAAAAGACUUGUGCGUUUUUGGGUAUUUUAUACAUUUUUAUGCUACAUUGUUUUUGUUUGUACAACCUACAAUAAAAAAUAAUGAUGUCCUCAAAUUAAUUUAGAAAACAGUAGUGAGCUACUUUUCUUAUGGUUGGGUUAAACCUACUGAAGUACUUACAUUUUUUUUUGUAUAACUCUUGAAGUCAAGUUUUAAAGGACUUAAAAUUGUGUGAAGGUUUAAGUAUGCAUAGAGGAUUGAUAUGUAUUCUGAUUUUGGAUAUUUAUAUUACUAUGUAUUAUAAAACCACAACAGCCACUCAGAAAUGAAGUGUUUAUAUUUCUAAAGGCACAAUCAUACUUGUUUCCUUUUUGUUUGUCACUGUGCAUUAAAAUCACCAACCUCUGUCAGUG